UCAAGAUUAUUAUUAUUACGAAAACGUAUAGAAAGCUUCGCUGAAUCUCAUACUCAAUGUGUACGUCAUGCAUUGAAAGAGUUUCGUCAAAAUUUUGAAAAUCAAAUACAAACUUUAAACAAUUCCAAUUUAAAAUUGAUUGAAUCAUUAGAACUUUUUAUUGAUGGAGGCAAUUUUUCAACUAUUGAAGCCAAAAAAUACACAAUCACAUUAAAUCAAUUAAGUAGAACAAUUCAAUUAUUUGAAGAAGAAAUUAUUGGUCAUAUAGAAUCCAUUGAAAAAGAACAUCAAUUAAUAACCGAUAAUAAAUUGAAACAAUUUGACACUUAUUUAAAACCAUAUUUAGCUGAUGUUAUUUAUAUGGAGAAUAUGAUACGUUGUAUAACCAAUACACAAGUACAAAUCAAAGCACAAACUGAAGAUAGUUCAAGUCAAUCAAAAUUAUUAAUCGGUCAAAUUGAACAAUUUCAAUGUUUAUUAAAAUCACUUAAUGAAACAAAUCAAAUUCUAUCAAAUACAUUAUUGAAUAUAACAUUAGCUACUACUACCAAUACUACUACCAAUACUACUACUACUAAUAAUAAUAAUAAUACAUUACAACAAUUAAAUAUGGAGGAGAGAAUCAUGCAAAAAGAUUUAAGUAAUAAAGCAAUUGAAUUACUGACUAGAAUUUGUAUUAAUGCAUCAGAUCGUUGUGUAUUUUUAAAUUGUCUACGUAGUCAAUAUGUCAAUGAUGAUUAUGUUGCAACAACUGAUCCAAAUGAAUUAUCCUAUGAGAAUAUAAUUGGAAAUAAUAAAGAUAAUUUAACAUUGAAUAAAACAAAACUACAAUCGGUAUCACAAAAUCCUUCCAUAAAUAUUCAUUCCAUUAAAGCUGAACAAAUCAAACAACCAACUAAUCAAUCAUCAUCAUUAUUAUUAACUAAUAUGAAUAUACAAAAUGCUUUACAAAUUAGUCGACCAGGACGAUUAUUCACUGAUGAUUCAUGUAUUCAACUUAUACAAAAUAUACUCAAUAAACAUAAUUCAAUUGAUGAGAAUAAUCUGGAGAAAAUGAAAAAUAUUACACCAAAUCAAUUGAUUGACAAUACGUCUAAACGUAAUGAUAAUAAAUCAUAUGAAUCGACUAAUUUGAAUAGUAAUAACAACAAUAAACAAGUAUUAUUGGAUGAUAAUCAAAAAUUAGAAACACUCCCAGUUAAUACAUCAAUAAAAAGUCAUCGAGGUAAACGUGAGAUGAAUAGUUCAACCACAAAUGGAAUUGUACCUAAAACUAAUAGACGGAAGAAAAAUAUACCACAUGCAACUACAAAUAAGACAGUUGUAAAACAUAAUCGACCUCAAGCAUAUUAUGAUGUAUUCGGUAAAGAUGUAACAUCUUUAGGAGAUUCUGUUGAAAUUUCUAAUUCAAAUAUGAAACAAAUCAAUAUUGAACAAGUAACAUAUGUUGGUCGUAUUCAAAAAAUAUGCCGUGAAAAUCUUCAUAAUGCAUUACAUUUAUCUGAAAAUUAUUAUCGACAAAAAGGUAUUCGACAGCCAACACAUCCAGAUUUUAUCAAGUCCACAUUUGAUGAUGCUGCUAAUACUAUUGUUACAAAUUUAAAAACACUAUUCACUGAAGCAGAAUUAUAUCGUAAUUCAUGUGUAAAAGAAUUUUCUGAACAAUUGGAUAACAUUGAACAAUUAGCAAGUCAGUUACCAUGUUUAUUAUUUGAACAAAUAGUUAAUGAAAUUAAAUUGUAUAUAUUACAAGAGAUGAAUAUCCAUCAGAAUAGAAUACAAUUUGAUUUAAAUCAAUUAAAUGAAUUACGUAUGAAAUAUAAUAAUCAACUUCGAUUAGAACUAUGUAAUUUAAAAAAUCAAUAUCAAUUAAUGAUUUUAUUAAAACAAGAAAAUGAACGUCAAUUAAAUUUUAUUAAAUUAUUAAAUAAAUUAAAAACAAUUAAAUUACAAAUUAUUCAUAAAGGUAGACAAUUAUUUAAUCAACGUUUAUCUCAUUUAACCGAUUAUUUAUUUAUUCGAUUAGAUAGUUUAAUUGGAUCAGAUCAAAUUGAUCAUUCAGACAAUAAUCAUGAUUCUACUAAACCAAAGAAAUUAAUGAUUCAUAUAUUAGAUAAAUCAUUAACUCAUUUAAAUGAUAAUCAAAUAUCUUCAAAUGUUAAAGAAGAUCUAGAUCGUGGUAAACGAACAUGGGAAGGUGUCAAAUUCUCUGAACUUAUGAUACAAACAAAUGAUCAUUUGGAAUCAAUGAACAAUUUAACAAAAUCCAAUUUAAACAAACCAUUAAAACAAGAAAAACAAUCCAUGUUAAAAAGUUCACGUAACACUUUCAAUAAUAAUUCUACAGAAUUACAUAAUACUAAUCAAGAUGAUAAUUAUUGUAUAGUUAGUGCUAAAACUACAAAAGCUCAUAUGUCCACAUUAAAAUAUCGUGAUAUUGCUGUUGUGGAGUUUCGUUUAUUUACUCAAAAUUUAUUAGAAUUAAUAGAAAUGGAAUUUACUCAUUCAAUGAAAGAUAAUGAUAAACAUAAACAACAAUGGAUAGAAAGUGUAAAUCUUUUUAAUAAAACUUAAUUGAAUCAUAGAAAAU